AUGUACUUCCUCUCCCCCUCCUCCCUCCCCCUCCUCCUCCUCUCCUCUCCUCCCUUUCCCUCCCCCUCGCCUCUGCUUACUCCUCCUACAUGGUCGGCUCUGGCUGCCAUCGCCCCUGGCACUAACUACCCCGACAUGGGAGGCGCCAUCCAGCAGUCCAUCUACCUAUCCAGAGCCGGCCAGCAGCUCAGCUGCGGCUCCACCCUCCAGCCCGGAGAGAAGCUCGCCGUCUCCGGCUUCGCUCCUCCUCAAGACGCACAGUACGUCGUGCAGGCGACGUCGAGCUCGGGGAGCGGGAGCUGGGGCGUCCAGGGAGGAGCCUGCAGCAACUCCCGCACGAUCAGCUCGACGUCGCCAGAGGUCGUCGCGCCCAGCUCGGGAAGCGUCACGGUGCAGGCGGCGUGGGCGACGGGGAGGAACGGGAUCAUGGCGACGGCAGCAUGCAGCUACAGCGUGGAAGGGACGGGGACGAGCAGCAGUACCGGCACGAGCACAGGGAGCACCGGAGGAACGAGUACCGGCACGAGCACGGGGAGCAGUACCGGUACUGGCACAGGAACAAGCAACCCUUCGGGCUCCGAGGGCGAGACAGGGUCACACGACUCAGAAGGAGGUUCAGAGGACAGCGAGACGAGCAAGAGCGUUGGAGGAGUCAAGAUAAGCGGAGCUGUUUCUGCUGCUGUGCGACGAGAGCGUGAGGGAACCUGGUUGACCAUGCUGUUUGCAUCUGCACUGGUCUGGAUCGUGCGCUUCAAUUAG